CCCGCGUUGCCCCGCCGACCCCGCCCCCUGCUCUGAGAGAGCACUGCGCACGCUCCGUAUGGCCCGGUGGAAGGCGGAGCCUAAUGAGGGAGACCCCCGCUGUGAUUGGUUGCGACUUUCGUGCAUAAUUCAUGAAGGCGGGGCAGCCCGAGCCCUUUUGUUAGAAGGGUGGGGCCGGGCGGGGCGGGAGCCACCGCCAAGAUGUCCUACGUGCCCGGGCAGCCAGUCACCGCUGUGGUGCAAAGAGUUGAGAUCCAUAAGUUGCGCCAAGGGGAAAACUUGAUUCUCGGGUUCAGCAUCGGUGGGGGCAUCGACCAGGACCCGGCUCAGAACCCCUUCUCCGAAGACAAGACCGACAAGGGCAUUUACGUCACCAGGGUGUCAGAAGGGGGCCCUGCGGAGGUGGCAGGCCUUCAGAUCGGAGACAAGAUCAUGCAGGUAAACGGCUGGGACAUGACGAUGGUGACCCACGACCAAGCCCGCAAGAGACUCACCAAAAGGAACGAGGAGGUGGUGCGGCUGCUGGUGACCCGGCAGGGCCUGCAGAAGGCCGUGCAGCAGUCCAUGCUGGCCUAGGCCUCCCGCCCUCCGCCGGCCCGGCCCCGGGGAAGCCGGCGGCUCUGGGGUCCCACCGCCGGCGCCAGCAGCUCGCUGGUCGUGGUGGGAGGGAGGCCGGGGGGAGCUGGCUCCUCUGCAGCCCCUUCCUGCCCAUGUGCGUGUGCCAGGGCAAGGCCUCUGGGGAAGCAGGAGCGGUGGCAGGACUGGGCAGUGCCCGCAGUGCCACCCACGGGCCCCCUCCCGACCCCGGGCCCUUUUGUAUUCUCCCGAACGUUUUCUACAUAGCCGUCAUUUUGAAAAUGCCAACCUGGUAGGAAGAAACCCCCCGAGCAGCCCCCGGCCUUAUUUUUGUUACUCCGGCUCCCGACCCCCAAUAAACGAAGCUGGCAUUCGG